GCGAUCGCCAUGGAAACGCUGGCCCGCCCCGGGCCCGCCCCUGGCCCCCGGGUGACGGCGGCGGGGCCUGGACGCUGUUCGGAGGCUGUCCGCAGCCGCCGUUGAGUCCGCCGAUCUCCGUCCGCGGGCUGCGGCAGACAGGCCCCGACGUGUUGCCAUGGCUGAGGAAGCCGCCGCCGCGCGCUUCAGCGAGGAGGACUUUUACUGUCCCAUCUGCCAGGAGGUGUUCAAAACGCCCGUGAGGACUAUGAACUGCCAGCACGUAUUUUGCAGGAAGUGCUUCUUGACAGCUAUGCGGGAAAGUGGAACGCAUUGUCCUCUCUGCCGGGGGAGUGUGACUAAAAAAGAAAGAUCAUAUCCCAAAAGGGCUCUAGAUGUUGAAAACAGUAUGAAGAAAGCUUCCGGGGGCUGUAGAUGCUGUGAGAAGCAGGUUAGGUUUUCGUGGAUGAGACAGCAUUAUAAAACGUGUAAGAAGUAUCAGGAUGAAUACGGUGUUCCUUCUGUUAUUCCAAAAUUACAAAUUUCCCAGGAUUCAACAGGGAACAGCAGGAAUGAUGCAGUAUCAGCUAAUGGAGAGAUGGCUAAUAAUCAAAUGCGCCAAGGAAAUACAAGUGGACAUCCAACUUUCAAAUGCCCCUUGUGUCAAGAAGCCAAUUUUACCAGACAACGCUUGCUGGAUCACUGUAAUAAUAGGCAUCUUUAUCAGAUAGUUCCCGUAAUCUGUCCUAUUUGUGUAUCUCUUCCUUGGGCAGAUUCUAGCCAGGUUACCAGAAAUCUUGUUAGCCAUCUAAAUCUGAGACACCAGUUUGACUAUGGAGAAUUUGUGCCUGCUCUGGAAACUACUGAAGUAGACAUAGAUGGAGGAAUUGAUCAAGACAUCUUUGACAUCAAUGAAGCUCUAGGACUGGACCUUUUUGAGGGAGACAUCAAACUUGAUGGGAUAAAAGAACGAAACUCCAUCAUUGGUGACGAAUAUCGCUGGCCCCACGUCGUCCCCUAUGUCCUUGAUGAUAGCCUGGAAGUUAAUGCGAAGGGAGUCAUCCUCAAGGCUUUCGAACAGUAUCGACUCAAAACCUGUAUUGACUUCAAACCUUGGGAAGGAGAGGAGAAUUACAUAUCUGUGUUCAAAGGAAGUGGUUGCUGGUCCUCAGUGGGAAACCGGAAGCAGGGCUUGCAGCAGCUCUCAAUUGGAACCAACUGUGACAGGAUUGCAACAGUUGAGCACGAAUUCCUUCAUGCACUGGGCUUCUGGCAUGAGCAGUCACGGUCUGAUCGAGAUGACUAUGUGUCCAUCAUCUGGGACAGGAUUCAGACCGGUAGAGAGCAUAAUUUCAAUAAAUACGAUGAUAAAACAUCAGACUCUCUGAAUGUUCCCUAUGACUAUACAUCUGUGAUGCACUAUAGCAAAACUGCUUUCAGGAAUGGAACUGAACCAACCAUCGUAACAAACAUACCGUACUUCAUGGAUGUAAUAGGACAGCGGAUGGAUUUCAGUGAUUAUGAUCUCCAGAAACUGAAUCGGCUGUACAAUUGCUCCUCCUCCCUAAGCUUCAUGGACACAUGCAGUUUUGAACUUGAAAAUAUUUGUGGCAUGAUUCAAAGUCCAGAUGAUAACAGUGAUUGGCAACAUUUGUCUCACGUUCCUGCUGGGCCAAAUACUGAUCACACUAACAUGGGAGAAUGCGAAGAUUCUGGCUAUUUCAUGCAUUUCAACACCAGUGCUGUAGCAGGAGGAAGCACAGCUAUUCUGGAGAGCAGAAUUCUAUAUCCCAAAAGAGGCUUCCAAUGCUUGCAAUUCUAUUUCUAUAAUAGUGGAAGUGAAAGUGACCAGCUCUAUGUCUGGGUCAGGGAGUAUUCUGAUGCCCAUCCAAAUGGUACUUUGAGACUAAUUGAAGAGAUAAAAGGUUCACCUGUGAAUUACUGGCAGCUCCACCACGUUUCCUUGAAUGUCACGAGUAAAUUCCGGGUUGUGUUUCAAGGUGCGAGAGGAACUGGUUUGUCAAAUGGAGGUCUCUCUAUUGACGACAUCAACUUGUCAGAAACACAAUGUCCUCACCAUGUCUGGCACAUCAGAAACUUCACGGAUCUCCUCAACACAAGUCCUGCAGGGACAGAAGGAAAAAUAUACAGUCCACCCUUUUACUCUAGUAAAGGAUAUGCUUUUCAGGUUGGCUUGUAUGUAAAUGGUACCAAUGAUAACCCAUUUAAUUUAGCAAUAUACUUGCACUUGAUUUCUGGAGCAAACGAUGAUCAGCUGCAGUGGCCCUGUCCAUGGCAGCAAGUUACCAUGAUUCUGCUUGACCAGCAUGCUGAUAUUCGUCAACGGAUGUCAAACCAAAGAAGUGUAACAACAGACCCUCUGGAAUUAUCAGAUUCCUCACCAAAUUAUUUUUGGGAUAGGCCAGAUAAAGUGGGAUCAACAGCUUCUUUCCCAAAUGGAACUACAUUCAUGAGAGGUCCAGGACGUGGAACAAAUGCAUUCUUAACUCAUCAGAGACUUACAAGCCGUGACUUUAUUAAAGAAGGUGGUGUUUAUAUUCUUUUAACAACGGAAGAUGUAUCACAUCUAGUAUCAGCUCAGCCAAGCGUGUCACCCACCACUACUGCAAAUACUUCUGCUGUCAGUACUGUCAGACCUACCUCUAUUGCCACCACCACCACCAGGCCCACUGCCACCACCAGGCCCACUGCCACCACCAAGCCCACCAUCACCACCAGACCCACAGAUAGACCUACUGCUACCAAAACACCCAUCACAACAUCCCUUGUGACCCUGACUGAAGAGCCAGAGACGGAUACACCAGAGGCCUGUCUAGACAACCCUUGUGAAAAUGAUGGUGUCUGCAUUAUUGUAGAUAGAAAAGCAGUGUGCAGAUGUCCAGCAGGGAAUAACUGGUGGUACAUGGGGGAAAAAUGCGAAAGGAAAGGCACAACUCAAGAAAAUACCAUAAUUGCUGUUUCUUCGACCAUAACAGUAUUCGUUGUUAUGCUUAUUGUCACUGUCACAACUGUGGUGUGUCUUAAAAAGAAAUACAGCAAAGGAGAAGGAAAGCAAAAAGAAAAAGUGGAGAGCCUGACUCUCGAAGAAAAUAAAACAUCGUUCUGAAGAUAAUACAGUCAAGUAUCAAAGACAUAAAAUGAACAUCACUGGAAAACCUAAACUAUCAUCAUUCUUCCUGAUACUUUUAUGUCAGCUGUCAUGAUAAAGGUUUGUAAAGUCCGGAAAAUAAUGCAUCCCCUCUGAAAAUAUGGUUUAUAAUAAAAUACUGUGCUAACAUCUA